CUGUGUGUGCGUGUGUGUGUGUGUUUCUGCAUGUGUGUCGGCUGCCUCUCGCGCACUUUGGCUGUGGUCGACCCGAGCUCACACAUACACACACACACACACAGGCGCGCACGGAGACAGGUAGCCGAGGCUGGGGCAUGAAACAUGGAGCUGUCGGCGGCGGGAGAUCGCAUUUUCGCCGCGGAAGCCAUCCUGAAGCGCCGCGUCCGGAAGGGAAAACUGGAGUACCUGGUGAAAUGGAAAGGAUGGGCAAUGAAGCACAGCACUUGGGAGCCUGAGGAGAACAUUCUGGAUGAUCGACUGAUCCUCGGCUUCGAGCAAAAGGAACGGGACCGAGAAAUUCAUGGGCCAAAGAAGCGGGGACCAAAACCCAAAAACCUUUUCGUGAAGGCUCGUGCUAAGAAAGAGACCAGCAACCGAGCCUCGAGCAGCCGUCAGAGCGCUUCACGCUCGUCUUCAGCCGCCUCCACCCGAGCAGCUCCCCCCUCGUCCUCCUCCUCCGCUGCUCCUCAACCUGUACCUUCAUCAUCCUCUCCCUCGGCCGUUUCACUUACCCCUAAGCUCAACUCCCUGGCAGCCACCCACAAGCUGAAGAAAGACAUUCACCGCUGUCACCGCAUGUCCCGGCGCCCCCUGCCGCGCUCAGACCCGAUGGCGUCCACCUUUCCCAACGCCGGCGGCUUCCCCUCCCGCAUGCACGUCUCCCCCUUCUCCGAAACCGUCCGCAUCGUCAACCGUCGGGUCAAACCCCGGGAAGUGAAAAGAAGCCGGAUAAUUCUCAACCUGAAGGUCAUUGACAAGCCAGGUAGGGCGAGCACAUCCGCAAGCAAUAGGAACGUCCCGCCAGGCCGCCAAAAUAUCCCCUCCCGCAAUCGCAUCAUCGGAAAGAAAGGCGAAGCCCCCUACCGACCCUUCCAGCCCCCUCUGAAGAUGCUCGGGUUCCCGAUGUAUGGGAAGCCGUUCGGGCUGCAGUGUGGGGGCCCCAUGCCUUUCCAGCCAUACCCGGUCUCGUGCUCCAGCAGGGGGGCAAGGGACGGCCGCACCACCUCCUCUCAGCUCCCCUCGCCGCCGCCUCCUUCCUGCUCCGGUGGCUCUGAAGGAACUUCUCUCACCAGUGCCUCAGCUGCACAGUCCCAGCCGACUCCCGGAGCAAAGUGCAGCAAACCUGCAGAAAGCGCCAAGUCGUUCGCCCCUUCCCCAUCCUCAAACACAAACCAAGCAGCGCCAGAAUCUCCCCUCAACUCUCCGUCCCCCUCCUCCUCUUUGGGAGAUGAAGAGGAGGGGCCCACCCAGGACCCAUCACCUCGCCAGAACAGCACGGCUAAGCUUCAGUCACCGACUACACUUCCCCUCGUCGCUUCCGGGGACCAGACCGCUGCCCCCGUCGAACCGCAGCGGGUGCCGGCCGAGGGAGACCCCGACUGGCACCCCGAGAUGGCGCCAAGCUGUAAAGAUGUGGUCGUCACAGACGUGACCACCAACCUUGUCACCGUCACCAUUAAAGAGUUCCCCUCGCCCGCCUCCGGCCCAGCAUCGCCUUCGGCUAGCCCCGACAGCACCAUGUCCCCGCCUCCGGCCGCCACUUCCGAGGACCCCUCCCCAGCGAAGCCAUAGGACACCAGCUGGUAUGAAUUUGAUUGCCAUUGAUCACACACACAAAAAAAAAAAAUCUUACCAGUGUUGCGAAUUCAGUGCUCCCCUAAAUGCACCUUUUAGGGUACAUGUGUAUUUAACAAGCAAUUGAUGAAAUAUAAUAUAAGGUAAUGCCACCCAGCCAUUGAAUAGUUUGGAAUAUGAGCAUAUUUUUUUUUAGAGAAUUAUAUAAAUUUGAAAUGGGGCGCCGAAUAAGCCCUUUGUGUCAUUAAAGUUGCCAUAUUUUGUCCACUUGCACAGCACUGACUCUUUAAAGCAGACCGACGGAAAUGGUUUUGUCUUCUUUCACAAGCUUCAGGCACGCUUAGUUUAGAUUGUUUGAAGUGCUUCAAAUAGUCCCGAAAGUGAAGGCCGCGCCCGCCGGGUGUCCUGGUUUAGCUUUUGUCAAGCACACUUGUGAGUGAAAGAAACAUACUGUUACACUCUGCGGUCUGCAGGCUGUUAUCGGCAGCUUUCACGCGUCAGACCAGUUUUCUGACCCCCUUAUGUUGGAAGUCCAGCUUGUUAUUGAUACGAGUUGAUGUGAGCCUUCAGCUUGACACAGUUGGACUCUUGGAUGUUGCAUCAAAACAGCGAGGUAAAUACAAUGCACUUGACUGCAUCAAAAGAAGCUAACUACUCUAUGUGAGUCAUGAAUUUUUCCAGGCCUUUUUGCUUUUGCUCUCCUGAACGCACAUGCAUAUACAUACAGUAAGUAUUUAUAUGCACGCACAACCUUAGAAAAAAAUGCAAACGAAUAUACAAAAACAAUAGAUUUUUAAGUUAUUGCUCUUCUUGCAGUUUCUUCCUUACAUUACUUUUAUUCUCACAAACCAAGUUCAGCUCUGCAACGUCCUCCAAGACUCUAAACUGGCCCGUGGUUCAUUCAGAAUCUUUCGUGGUAAACCAGAAUCACGCUGUAGAACUCUUCAACCUGUCGAGGUCUCGAAGGUCCGGUUAGGUGAACACACAUUAAAAUGAUUGUUUUAAAUCGGUCACCUAUUGACUGAUGCGUUUCCACACUGACACGACACAAACGCUUGAUUUCCACUCGCUCCCUCAUCGGCAUACAUCUCUGUCAUCCCGUCCGUUGAACCAGCAUGCCCACGCAUCUGAACAUCACGUAAUUUGACAAAUGGAAAAUAACGAACUGCAGCGUAAGAGGUGUCCAAGCUGCUAGAUAUGUUUAAAGGGAUAGAGUUUUUAACCUGUAGUCGGUUGAGGCACCAAAAACAUUUCCAACGAGAAGGAGGUGUCUAGUUCCCUACGUACCUCUUCCGUUUGCUCACUGGUCUUUUUCGGUCCAAAGUCUUGUGUGUAACUCAUCCAUCCACCCAAUUCAGACCUCCGUUCUCUCUUGACCUGACCUUGUACGUGACAAUUACAUCUACUAGACAUUGCAAUUUGUGUGGUUUGUUGUUGUAGCUUCGUUGUCAGAGUCAAGUCUCUAAAACACGAUUCCAGAUAGUUUGGCUCGUGAAAAUCGACAGCGACUGGAAAUGUUGCCUGUCUUCCGCUUCGGCAGGUAAAUCCAACCUUUCUCUACUUCGUUCCUUUGGUUGUUGCCUGUUAGCAUUUCACUGUCGUAGGUAGGAGUAGUUUGAGCACUAUGGCUCAGUGUCUUGUUGCUCUCCAAUGGGCAACAGCAGGAAACGGACACAUCUGCUCUUUGUAGCUCGCUCAGUUACAUUCUUCGCAAAAUCCGCUUGCUUGCCCAGUGACAGUUAAGGGCAACCUUUCAGCAAAAUAGAAAGUGAAGGGAUGACAUCGGUUCUUGACAUGAAGCAAGUACGUCCUGUGUACAGUCCAUCCGUCCGUCCGUCCGUCCGUCCAUCCACCCCAUUCUCCUCCAAACAUGCAGCAUUGCCACACUCUUCUCAUGCUGUAGUUUUUGAUAUCAGCAGUAACGAUACAAACACAUUUGGCUUUCUAGGCCGUAUUCUGCAUCGACUGCCUUGUGGACAUGGCUUAGUAUCCUUUUGUCUUGGCUUUUAGACCCCCUUCACCUGGCAAUGUCCUCACUUAAAACAACAAGGUGCUUUUGAGGUCAUGCUUGAGGAAUGUUGUCGGAAUAGACCCAAGGUUACCGUGGCUGCUCGUCUCAAACUUGAUAAAUCUCCGUGCGAGCUGCUGGCUUCCCCAGUGGCAGAUCGCCUCCAGACAAAUUACCGGCCUGUGUGAGACAGUGGCUCAUGAAUUUAUCUGAUCUGUGCUCCCCUCGUGACUAAAGAGGUGACAGUUGUUCAGACACUUAAAUUCAACUUCAAACAGAUCGACUGUUACGCGUCGCGUCUCGCUGCCUUUCCGUUUUUAUUAAAAUGAAAACUUCCGACCUGUCGUGCUCUGCCUGGAGAGGCGUUUUCUUCAGACAUAUCAAAUAGGGAUCUCGUUGCCGUCUGACAGCUUGUCGGCGAAGGGUGCUCGAUUUCACGAGUGUUGCUUCAUCGACCCCUCAUUCCUGACCACCAACUUUCUCCCCACAUAUUCACCGCAGGCAGUCGUCACCUAAAUUCCUCAAAGCUUGAAAUUAAUCAGAGUAUUGGAUCUUUUUUUUUUUUUUUUUUUUCUUUCAACCUCCAAGUGCAUCAAUAGCACUUACGAGACCUUGUCAUCUUUAUACAUUUCCCCGUCUCUUGCCUUGGUGCUGCCUGCUCUUCCUCGACCUUCCCAGACUUUGGCUCUGUGCUAUGGUGUAUCUAUAUGUCAAGGUAUUUGAAAAUCUUCCGCAUGUGUUGCCUUAUAACUGCUCCACUCACCCCCAGCUGCGCUCCAGGCGGCGCUCACCUCGUCUCACUCCGCUCUCGGUUCGGUUCAAACAUCAAGUCGAGACUUUUUUUCCUCUGUACUUCUGUGCCAGCUCGGAACAGUUUUUCAAAAAGUCGCGACCGGAGAGCGUCACAUUGUGGGUUUGCAGUGGACGAAGGCGGCACCGUUUCCUCUCCCGUCAUGUACUGGAUGGCUCUAGUUGUUGUCAAUACUCUUACAGUACUUCAAUAGGUUACGCAUGGAAAAGUGUAUUCCGAAAGGACGCAGCCAUUAUAUGAAGAAAAGCUUAAAGUCACGUCUGUGAAACUCUGCAGCUUGAAUUUGAAGAGGUUUUCAACCCACAAUACUAAGAUCCCGUUUAUACGGCCUAUCUAGAGAAAAACGCAUCGUUCCUGCGUCUCCGUUCAAGAAAAGUUUUGCCUUUACACGGUAACGUUUUGAAAAUGGUGUCCAUUUACACAAACUAGAGAAAUGCUGAAAACAAUUCAGUGAGCAUUCGGUGAGCAACGAGUUGCCGCUCGCACAAAUUCAUAUGGACAAACGACCAAGACUCUCGACUAUACAGUCUAACGAUCCUCAGUCCGAGGAGACUCUCGGCAGGGAGUCACAACACUCUGAAGGAAAACACUGUUAUUGUUGUGUUUUCAGUGACUCUGAUGGCCAUCGUCGUGUAAACAGACCCCAAAACGUAACCAAGGUUUUGCGUUUUCACUCAAACGUCAUAAAUCUGGAAUGAAGUUCGACAAUAUCGUCCACAAACAGGUUGAAUUAAGUGAAGUAUUUUCUUCCUCCGAUGGAUGUACCAUACUUUGGAGUAGAUUUUUUCAUCUACUAUAUCUUUAAUAUCUUUAAGUGGUGGAUAGAAGUGACUCUUGCAGUUGGUAGAUGUGUAAGGUAUUAGGCUGCUAAGCGAUGUUUCAUUUUCUUUUCUUCUUCUCAUAUGGGGUAGCACAACUCAACUUAGUGGCCUGUCUUUCAACCAAAAUAGGGCUCUUGAUUUUUUAUCGUUUGAUUUGUUCCUCUCCCGUUUGACUUGUUUUGCAUUUAUAUGUGGCGUACUUUGAAGUGCUGGAUUUCUUUGGCACUGGAGAAAACAAAACAAAAGGAAGGAUCCUUGUUUAAAUGUUUGGACAAAGAUGCUUAAUAAAUAGAUUUUUUUUUUCAUUUGUACUGUACUUUAAUACCUUUUUUUGAAAUAUGCAUAAUGAUCUUAAUGUGAUGCUUUUUAUCUGAAUUUUUUUGUUAAAGAUAGUCCAAUAUGGGUUUGAUCAGAAGGAAAACUCCGACUGAUUUUCUGUGUCAAGACUGCAGUUUUGUCUGGUUUUUAUGCUAAUAUGAAUGAUGUAUUGACGGUGAUGACGAAGAGGCGGAGGUUAAUGAAGACAUGGUAAUGUAUCUGAACUCCUAAAGCAUGUUUUUUGCAAACCCUUAUUGUACAGAUAAUGUAUUCAGUGUCAUGUCACCUGUUACGGUUGUUGCUUUCAGUGUGUUUCUUGUACAAGGCUUUUGAUUAAAAGCUGUUUGAAAAGCA